UACGAGAAAGCGUCGCUCCGUGGUCGCUACGGAGGGAGGGUUGGCUUCGUUGUAGUUAAGACAGUUUUUGUCCACUUUCCCACGCAGUUAGGACAACUUACUGACAUGGCAGUCUGUAGGAAACGAUUCUCAGUCGUUUGGGCAACGGCUCAACCAAGUUUUAACAUUUGUUCAUCCACGUUUUGUCGCUACUAGUGCAUUGAUUUAUCUUGGCAUGACAGAUAAAGAUUAGUUAGCAUGCUAGCGAGCUAGCCGCCCAGCCUCAGCAUCACACAGCGACCACGCCUGCCAGUGACAGAGUGGCUGCAGGUUCCUAGGCAGACAUGGGCAAACUACAGAGCAAGUUUCGCAAGAGGUCUGAGCUCUACAGGACAUCUCAGGGAGAGAAGGCAGAUAAUACCUUUGACAGUCAAGUGGUGCAGUAUGAACCUGCCCAUCAAGGAUCCAUCAGCACUGUCACAAAUCUCAGCCCAGAUCUGUGUGUUUCUGGUGGGAGUGAUCAGGCUGUGGUUGUGUACGACUGGAAACAAGGCCGGAUGUGUCAGUCCUUCCAGGGUCACAACCGAGAGGUUACCAAGGUGGUGUGUUAUCCAGGCAGCACGUGGAUCUUUAGUGCCUCACGGGAUAAGACUGUUCUGAUGUGGGACCUAAACCAGGGGGAUGAACCUAUUCAGGAAUUUUGUGGGCAUGAGUUGGUGGUCAAUGGACUAGCUAUCAGCCCUGAUGGGAGAAAGCUGUGCACCGGUUCCCGUGACAACUGGAUGUGCCUGUGGGAUAUAGAAUCUGCAAAAUGUGAACAGAGACACAACAUCUCUAGAAACCUGGUGACUCAUGUGUGUUGGGUGCCAGGCAGCUCCUCUGUAGUCCAGACUUCUGAGGAUAAGACCAUAAGGGUGUGGGACAGCCGUGCGUGGCAGGUCACCAAUACUUUUCCAGCCAAGCAAUACAUCCAGACCCACUGUGACGUCUCUCCAAAUGGAAACUACUUGGUGUCCAGCAGCAAUGGAUUCGGAGGGCAGGGUUGUGAAGCCACGCUCUGGGACCUGCGUCAGCCUGGCUGUAAGGUUGUGGAGUACAGAGGCCAUCUCCAAACCACAGCCUGCUGUGUUUUUCUGCCUACGCCUCCUGGUGGCCCAGCUCAGGUAGCAACAUCGUCCCAUGACAGUUCCAUCAAAAUCUGGGAUCAGAACACAGCAGUUUGUUUAGGGACGUUGUCUCUGGAUGGUGCUGGUCCACUGGUUUCUCUGGCUCCAAGCGACUCCACCAACUUGCUGUGUGCCAGCUUCAGCAACGGCCUCAACCAUAUCCAGGUGGGCCAGGGAUUAAACCAGGCUCAGGGUUCUGGGGCAGGUUCAGGUGGGGCUGGUGGCCUGGACAUUAAGGUUGUGGCACGUUUUUGACAGCCUGGGGUGACUCAUAACCCUGACCUGUGAACUGCCAACGACUUGGCGAGCACUAUAACUGGAUGUGAACAUCACGUCAGGUUUUUUUUUUUUUUUUUUUUUUUUUUUAACGAUUUUACAUAUUUUUAUAGAUAUAGAUAUUUUUGCUUUAUUAGACUGCCAUACAGUGAAGAAUGACAGAAGAGAUCUGUGAGCAAAAGAGGGGAUGAAAAUGAUGUGCACAGAGGAUGCUCCUUUUGUCCAACAGAGCCAUCUGGAUGCCUGUCACAUCUGUUCUGCUAGGAGACUAUAAACACCAAAAUGAUCAUGCUUGGACUGUUGCCUUCUUGGACCAAGCCAGAUGAACCAGGAUUCACUUUGCAGCUGGGUGGAGCUGAUGAAAUACAUGUUGUAUUGCUUCACUGGUGGUGCUGAGCACAGGUUUGGAGGACAUCUUAAUGCGGCGGGAGUGCUUUUGAAAAUUUGGAAGCACUCUUAGAGCAGGAAGAUCAGCUAUUUGAUCAGUAUGUAUCCUGAGUAUGUCAGAGAAAUGGAAGCCAAAUAGAAUUUAUUACUAAGAGCAUGUAAUUUGUUAUUUCACGGAUCAAAUUUAGUAGGUGCAGUCAGAUUUGCAGUCUUGUUUGUCAGACUCUUUGUGCAAAGUGUUUAUCACCAGAGUAACAGAGUAAUGAGGAGCAUGUGUAUGUUGACAAAAAUGAAAUAGUUGAUUAGUUUAACUUUAAUCUGUCAAGUGUUAGAACAAAUGAACAUGUUCGAUACAGGACUGUAUAAACAUGCUUUGUUUUUAGCUAGAUUUCAGGUGAUCAUGGUUUUUAAGAUACAGAUUCCAACAUUUUUAAACCAAAGCUGCUGAUAUCCACUAUAUUUAAACAAAAAAAUACUAUGCAAAAUCCCAUUGUAAUUCCCUUUUUAAUAAAAUAUUGUUUAAAUGAACAAAUGGGAAUUUAAAAAAUAUUAAUAAAUUGCGAAUAAAUGCAAUGCUCUGCAACCUGUCAACAUAAAGCCUGCUACCAGUUCGGUACUAAAGAUAUUGUUUGACAAGGUUUUAGGAUGAUUUUUUUUAAUAACCUGCUACUAACAAUAGGUGUUGAACUUUUGUGUUAGAAUUAGCAAUACAGACCCACUGUGUUUUAGAUCACAAAUGCUAAUGUUGAUAUUAGCAGCCUUAAGUGAAUGAAUUUGAUCGCAUAUUACAUUCCUAUUUGAAAUCAUUAUUGUCAGGACAUUAGUGAAAAUAAUCCUGACUGUUACCUAUAAUACUUAAAGUGUAACAUUAGGGGAUGGAUCAAAAUGACCAUUUUAGUGGUAAUGUACUCUCAGCUGAUUUCAAAUCCACUCACAUGGAUGUUAAUCUGAAUGGCAUCAGUCAGUUAUACCACACGCUGUGAUCAGACAUCUCAUUUUGUGAGAAUUUACUGUUUAGAUUAUUUGUCACUACACAUCUCUACACAUUUAUCUGUGUUUGAUUCAUUAUGAUAAAGCAAUAAAUAAGACAUUUUACAGUGUCUGAGGAGUAAGUCAUAUUGUAUCUCUUUAUCUCAGCUGAGAUGUUUAACUUGGCCGAGGCCUUAUAUUUAAAUUAUGCCACCUAUGUAUUUGUCAUUAAAUAUGAAUGCUUCCUUUGUCUUAUUAAGUAGACUACUCCAGGUAAAUCACGUCAUUCAUGGCAUGCCAGCUCACUCUGUGAAAGUACAAAUCAAUAGUAUGCACACUGGGCUUACUGUGACCUUAUUGUAAUGUAACAGAUAAUGUUUAACUGUGAUAUGUUGCUCAUGUUUCAGUAAGUUCACACCAGGAAGUUGCUGUAUACAGCUUAUUUUUCUACUGCCACCCACUGACCAGUUUUCACUGGAGCAGAUUGGGGUUAAUUGUUUUGCUCAAGGGCACUAUGACCGUCUGUUUAAAGAAUGGACUUUCUCUUCCCAGGUUUUUCCAACUGUUUCUAGUCUUUAAUUCACUGUAACUAGAGGGUUGUGUCCUGCUGUGUUAACCAUAAGGGAACUUUGGAUCAUUGUGUAUUUGAGCACACAUUCUUACAUUAAGAGGAUCAGCUAAUAUUAUAAAGAAGAGAUGCCUCAGUUGUUACUCAUCUAAGGUUUAUUUUGGCUCUUGAAGAUAAAGACAAUUGUAGGAUUUUCUUUUUGUCAAGUUGACUUUUGAGCAUUACUUUAAAACCAGGAUGGGCUUUUAAUGAACACCAAAGGUUUAUCAGUUCCACUUAAUGCCAGAAUUGCCACUUACCACUAAAAACUGUAAAUACAACAAAAUAAAAUUAAAUAAAAUACAAACCUAAUGGACAUUUAAUCUCAUAGGACUUAGUUUCAGUGGCAUUCCUCUGACUGCGGUAUACUUUUAAAUAGGCACUUUACACACUUGACUCAUUUCACAACCCACUUUUCAAAGUCCUGAUGUAACUCUUAUUAUCACAAAAUUUUAGAAAGAACAAACACACACAUGCACACUCUGCAGGGAAAUCACAGAAAGACUUUUUUGUCAUACUGCGGUGUUAAAUUUAUUCAAAUCUGGACCUCGUUUUCACUCUGCCACCAAAAAGAACCAUUUAUCCAUCAACAUAUUUUCAUAAAGACUCACACACAAAGUAGACAUCAGCAGGCAGAACAGUUUGGCAGUUGCCACGUCACUGAAGUACAGAAAUAUUCAGAUUAAAAAAAGGUCUAAAAAUGUUAAUUGAUGAAAUGAAAAAAACAAAACAAAAUAUCUAUCCACAUCUACUCAAAAUUCAAGUUACAAAGAAUUGCCUUAAAGUAAUGGAAAAUAUACAUUAUUGGCACAGCAUGUUAUAAAAAGCAUGUUAUGUGGAGUAAUAGGAAUAAGUAGGAUACAGUACAUUAAACUGAUGGAAUUACAAGUCAUUCAGAAGAUAGUUUUAACACAGAAUAAAUGAGUGUAGCAUUCAAUUCAGUGCAACAAAGAGAUCUACUGACAUCUUUCAGCAUCUGAGUGUUAACAACAAGUGGUACAUGAGGAGGUCUACAGCUAGUGGCAACUUUAAGUAUACUGUAUCUCUUCUAUGAUAUUGGAAAGGAAGGUUAAAGCCUCUCUCUCAGAGCCUUUGGAGUGUUUUCAAGCUGGUUUUUGACUCAGAAACUGACAUUUUUGUUGUGCUAGAAAUAAUUAAUAAAACUGUGAGAGAAACUUGUGUGCAGUUCGAAGAGAAGCAGUUUUAUUUGUGGUUCUUUUUUCUCCUGAACAGUUUUCAGUGUCUAAAAUGCAAGAUUUAAUAAAUAACUCUCUAAAUCCUGAAUCUUUUGAGAUUCUGAGAACAUUUUUGUUUGAAAACAUGAUAAUGAAUGAGAGCCUGACAUCUUAAGAUCACCUGACUCCAACAAGUUAAGUGCCAUGCUGUUCUAAAGGUGGGUAAAACCUUCCUCGAUUAACAUACAUUAUUAAUUCUAAUCACUUAACACCUUCAUGAAUCACACAUGCUGCCAUUAUUUAAACAUACACAGGUCAUUGGCCACAGACUGUUGGGGUUACCACACACUACACAUCAGCUUCACCUCUUUAAAAUGAUACCAACACAGCAGAGAUU